AUGAGUGAUCUCCAGCGGGCAUUUGCCCGCGCUCAUCUAUCUCGUUUACCGCCCGAGCCUCCUCCUCCCAUUCUCGACGAGCGUGACGAAGAGCAAGAGGAUCAGCCCCUCCACACUCCGGGGUCUCCGAACGACUCGUCAUCGUCGGCAUCGUCAACCUCCUCGACCGGCACCAUAGUCCCCUCCCCCAGCCGAAAACUAUUUGAAAGACCAAGAGGGUCCGCAAAAUCCCGCUCAACGGCUCUGCCGUGGGAAGACUUCUUCUCGCAAUCACUGUCGUUUGAGCAAAAGACCCCCUCGGAGACGAUCAACCACCACGUCUAUUUCACGCCGCCGACAUCCACCGGCCCUUUGAUAGUUACACACCACGGCGCCGGUUCCUCCGGUCUGUCAUUUGCCGCCUUCACAAAUGAGCUCCUCAGUCUCCUCCCGAGUGCCGGAGUGCUCUCCCUUGACGCCCGCGGCCACGGUCAGACGACGACGACCACCUCAUCCGGCGGGCCCCCGCCAACCCAGGAUCUGAGCCUGACCACGCUUGCCGAGGACGUAGCCUUUGUCGUCAACGCCGUGAAGACGCUCUCAAAGUGGCCGAGCCUACCUGACAUUGUCCUCAUCGGCCACUCUCUGGGCGGGGCCGUGGUGACAGAAGUCGCCCACGAACGCCUCCUGGGCAAUGCCCUGUUGGCAUACGCCGUCCUCGAUGUCGUCGAGGGCUCUGCCAUGGACGCGCUGUCGAGUAUGGACACGUACCUUUCGACACGGCCCAGGUCGUUCCCCUCUCUGGCGUCGGGCAUUGAAUGGCACCUCAAAUCGCGUACGAUACGAAAUACGACAUCCGCACGUGUUUCGGUCCCGUCGCUGCUCAUCGAGGCCAAGACCAAAGACCUGUGGUUUUGGCGGACGGAUUUGGGGGCCACGAAGCCCUUUUGGGAAGAUUGGUUCGUUGGAUUGUCCAAAAAGUUCCUCGAAUCGCGCGGUGGAAAGCUCCUACUUCUUGCCGGCACUGAUAGACUUGACAAGGAGUUGAUGAUCGGACAAAUGCAAGGCAAGUACCAACUACAGGUUUUCCCGGACAGUGGUCACUUCAUCCAAGAGGAUCAGCCCGCACGAACCGCGCAAAUCGUGGCCGAUUUUUAUAGAAGAAAUGAUAGGAGCGCCCUUGUUCUGCCACCCAAGGUGGACGACCUCAUUAAGCAAGGGAAACUCAAGCCUGCAGGCCAGAAGGAAGUAUAG